GGCUUUUAAUUCUAGUAUUUCUUUUGCUGAAGGGCUGCUUGCCCGUGUUUCUUAAAGCCUGAGGAAAACUCUUCUGAACUACAAGAAAUUGAGAGAGUUAACAGAGAUUUUCAGGUUGAAGCCUUACAGCUGGUCAACAGUGGUCUGUACGAGGGGCGUGAGGACUUCGCAGUUGCCAUGCAGCCAUUUUUCCGAAACACAUUGCUGCCCCUGGAUAGUAACGGCAAGCCAGAUCUGAGUUUCUUUGCUGCAGACUGCUUUCAUUUCAGUGCAAGAGGCUACGCUGAGAUGGCCGCGGCUCUCUGGAAUAAUAUGCUGGAGCCAGUUGGUGAAAAGCAGACUUACAACAACUUUACCCAUGACAGAUCAAAACUCAAGUGUCCAAACCAAGAGAAACCAUUUCUUUCCACGCUGAGAAACAGUGGAUUCAGAAAUUCAGAUGUCAACCUGGAGAAAACAAAACCUUCAGUCCCCUACUGGGCUGUCAUUGUGGCGGCCGUAGGUGGAGUCCUGGUGGGUUCUUUACUCAUAUGGGUUGUGUCAGGAAGAAGAGCCAAGAGGCACCAACGUGAGACUGAUACAGAAAAGAAUAUUAAAACAACAUCUUUGUAA